UGAGAAAGGAGCAAAAGCAACAAAGAAGCCCGAAGAGGAGGAGGAGGAGGAGGAGCGGGCGGCGGCGGCGGCGGCAGGAACUGCCGCAAGAGGCGGCCAAAACUUUGCAACGCUUUUCUUCUGCUUGGGAACUUUUGGCAAAAGUCCGCGCCAAGUUUUUCUUUCUCCCGCUCCUUCCUGACUUUUUUGGGGGACGGAAAAAGCAUCCCGGGGGCUGCCUCGGCCGAGGGGGCGGCUCUCUGGAUCAUGGCCUUCGGUGGGGCCCAGGCCCAGGCCGAGGCGACGCCGCUGCUGCCCGGCCCGCGACUCCCGGGACGAGGCGCCUUGCGCGCGGAGCCCGGUGCGCCCUAGGCGCACGGCCGGGGAAACCCGAGGAGGCGCAGGCGCUUCGAUGGCCCGUUUGGGGCUGGUCCGGUGGCUGCUUUGGGGGCUGCUAGGCGUGGGGCUGGGCGCCCCGGACGGCGGGGAGGCGGCGGCGGCCUCGAGGCUCAACGGGAGCGCGGCGGCGGCGCCGUCGGGCCGGGGCGAGGAGCGGUGCAAGCGCGCGGCGCAAUGCGAGGCGCUCCAGCAAAGCGUGUGCCUGGGCUCUCCGCUGCCCUACGCCGCCACUUCCACCCUCCUGGCCGGGGACUCCAGCUCGCAAGAGGAGGCGCACGACAAGCUGCUCCUGUGGUCCGGUUUACGAAAUGCCCCCCGCUGCUGGGACGUGAUCCAGCCCCUCCUCUGCGCCGUGUACAUGCCCAAGUGUGAGGAUGGCCAAGUUGAGCUGCCCAGCCAGACCCUCUGCCAAGCCACCCGGGGACCUUGCACCAUUGUGGAACGAGAGCGAGGCUGGCCGGACUUCCUCAAGUGCACCACGGACCGCUUUCCUGAAGGCUGUCCGAAUGAGGUCCAGAACAUCAAAUUCAACAGCUCUGGGCAGUGUGAGGCCCCCCUGGUCCGGACAGACAACCCCAAGAGUUGGUACGAGGACGUCGAAGGCUGCGGCAUCCAGUGCCAGAACCCCCUUUUCACUGAGAAGGAGCACCGUGAAAUGCACGUCUACAUCGCCUCCUUCAGCUCCGUCACCAUUUUCUGCACCUUCUUCACCUUGGCCACAUUCCUCGCUGACUGGAAGAAUUCGAACCGGUACCCGGCGGUCAUCCUCUUCUACGUCAACGCUUGCUUCUUCAUGGGCAGCAUCGGCUGGCUGGCGCAGUUCAUGGACGGAGCUCGCAGCGAAAUCGUGUGCCGUGCCGACGGGACCAUGCGAUUGGGGGAACCCACCUCCAACGAGACCCUUUCCUGCGUGAUUAUCUUCGUCAUCGUCUACUAUUCCUUGAUGUCGGGUGUAAUCUGGUUCGUCAUGCUCACCUAUGCCUGGCACACAUCCUUCAAGGCGCUGGGUACCACCUACCAACCGCUGGUGGGGAAAACCUCCUAUUUCCACCUGGUCACCUGGUCCAUUCCCUUCGUCCUCACCGUUGCCAUUUUGGCGGUUGCCCAGGUUGACGGGGAUUCUGUGAGCGGAAUUUGCUUUGUGGGCUACAAGAACUACCGUUACCGAGCCGGUUUUGUCCUGGCCCCCAUCGGCCUAGUGUUGAUCAUCGGUGGCUAUUUCCUGAUCAGAGGUGUGAUGACCUUGUUUUCCAUCAAAAGCAACCACCCAGGUCUUCUGAGUGAAAAAGCCGCCAGUAAGAUCAAUGAGACGAUGUUGCGCCUUGGAAUCUUUGGCUUCCUGGCGUUCGGCUUCGUGUUCAUCACCUUCGGGUGCCACUUCUACGAUUUCUUCAACCAGGCGGAGUGGGAGAGGAGCUUCCGGGAGUACGUCUUGUGUGAGGCCAACGUGACAAUCGCCACGCAGACCAACAAACCCAUCCCUGACUGCGAGAUCAAGAACCGCCCCAGCCUGCUGGUGGAGAAGAUCAAUCUCUUUGCCAUGUUUGGGACGGGGAUUUCCAUGAGUACCUGGGUGUGGACCAAAGCUACCCUCCUCAUCUGGAAGCGCACCUGGGGCAGGCUGACUGGCCAGAGCAGCAACGAGCCCAAGAGGCUGAAGAAGAGCAAGAUGAUUGCCAAGGCCUUUUCCCGGCGCAAAGAGCUUCAGCACAACCCAAACCAGGAGCUCUCCUUCAGCUUGCGGACUGUCUCGCACGAGGGGCCGGUUGCUGGUUUGGUUUUCGAUAUCAAUGAGCCGUCGGGAGAUGUGUCCUCUGCUUGGGCCCAGCAUGUGACCAAGAUGGUAGCCAGGAGGGGAGCCAUUUUGUCUCAAGAUGUCUCCGUCACUCCGGUAGCGACGCCAGUGCCCCCCGAGGAGCGAGCCAACUUGUGGCUGGUGGAAACCGAGCUGUCCCCCCGGCGGGAGAAGAAACUGAGCCGCAAGAAGAAGAAGCGGCGGAAGAAGAAGGAGGUCUGCCCCAUGGGGCCCACCUACGACCUGGACCCCUUCGCCCCACAGCGCCUCAGCUCCGUCCCCCGCCUCCCUCAGCUCCCCAAGACCAAGUGCUUCGUCGCCAGCGCCAGGGAGGCUCAGGCCCUGAACGACGUCCUUGCGCCCAGGGCCUACCCGGCCUGGCGGCCUGCAGCCCUGCCCCAGGAGGACUCUUUUUCCAGGGGGCCGCCCCCAGAGCACCCGUCGGCCCUCGGCUGCCGGCGGAACAGCGCUGCCCUGCCUCCCGUCAACCACCCCUUCUGCCCAGAUAACGGCCCCGUGGAGGAGGCAGGACCCGGAAGCGGCGCCUGGUUCUUCCCGGGACGCCGGCAGCCUCUGCCUCGCGGCAGCUUCCCCCAGCCGCCACCCCGGAGCGUGGCCCCGGGGCCUGGCUUUCUGAGCGGCACCCCGCGCAGGGCUCCGCAGGCCCAGGGACGGCGAGGGGAGCUGCCAGCCCCUAUGCACUCCCGGACAAACCUCAUGGAUGCGGAAUUGCUGGACCUCGAUUCGGAUUUCUAGGAUUUUGGAAAGGCCCUUUCCAGAGGACUUUGGGGGGACGAGGGAGAAGAGGUUUAUUUGGUUGUAGAGCAGCCAUGACGGGAGAAGCGGACAUUCCCAACUUCUGCCCCCACCAGAAACGGUCUCCUGGGUUUUUGCCCUGCUAGGAGAAGCUAUAUUUUCCCUGCUGAGAUAACAAGACGGUUUUCUUUGAGCUCUUGUUUCUGACUUUGGUGCAAAAGCUUUCCUUUCUUUCCUUCCCUUCCUCCAGGCAAAAUCUUGCACGUCCCAACGCGUCUGCCGUUGCCUCGCCGUUUGCUUAGGAAAACAGACGGAUCUCCUGAGAUGGAGAUUGCUGAAUGCUUCUUCCGCAGCAUGGAUCCUGCAGGAGCUGUGUGGAUCUUGUGGGAUAUUUAUCGAGGGCAAGGGAGGGUUUUUGAGCAGCGAUGGUCGCAGUUCCUGUCAGGCAAGAUGUUAGAGAGGGUCCUCAAGUCUUCUCCCUGCGCUUCCAAACAGAACCUCUUCAGGGCUUGCCAAAUGGCACUGCCCUGAAGUAGAUCCAGGGUCUCUUCCCCGUCGGCGAUGUGUGUGAACGCUCCCUCCCUCCUGUGAGCGGGCGCACUGGUUUUCGUGAGGUGGGUGCAGAGUGGGGAGGGCCAUGUGGUUUAUUGCGGGGCCAGAAGGAAGGGCGGUUGGGAUCCGUUCUGAUCUUGUAGCUGAAGAACCUUUCCCACCUCGUUCUUUCCCGGGGGUCACAUGGCAGCGGUGGGUGGAGCCAGCGGCGAAAAUGGGCGCAGCAACAAAU